AUGGCCACCCAAGCCUCAAUCCCGUCAACACCCACGGGCCUGAUUGAUGAGGUUCGAAGGAUAUAUCAUGAAGUACAGGCGCUGUCCAGUUUGGCGCCUGGGAAAGAGAUCGAUGCUCUCCUGACAAGACUUGUACACCUCUGCAUACAGCCCUACAGCGAUGACUUUAUUGCCAAAACACUCUCUUCUCCCGAAGCCAACGAACUUUGUCUUUCUCUUCGACCUCUGUGCGCUGCAGCAGAAGGAGAGCUAGAAAAGUACUGGGCAAACCGUAUACUUGCGUCCGCAGCUGCAUCAUCAAAAAACGGCACAACGACGACAACAACCCCCCGCACCCUCCUCCACUCCUUCCCCUACUUCGACAACUACCUCGACCUCUCCCGCCUCGAGUGCUCCGUCCUCGAAGCCUUCCUCCCAACCUGCGGCGCCGACUGCCGCCCCUCCCCCUGCAAACUCGCCUUCGUCGGCUCCGGUCCCAUGCCCCUGACCUCCUUCUGCAUGCUCGACCGCUACCCCGACGCCGUCGUGCACAACAUCGACCGCGACGCCGGCGCCCUGCGCGUGAGCCGCGAGCUGUCUGAGAAGUGCGGGUACGGCGGACGCAUGACGUUCGCCUGCGAGGACGUCAGUGAAGAGAUGGGCGGCGAGGGUGCGACGAGGUGGAGGGAUUUCCACGUCGUGUUUCUGGCUGCGCUCGUGGGUAUGGAUACUCCGAGUAAGAUGACGAUUAUGGAGAGUCUUGUUAGGAAGUUGGAGCCGGGGACGCUGCUUGUGGUGAGGAGUGCGCAGGGGAUGAGGGGGGUGUUGUAUCCUGUACUGGAGCUCUCUGAAGAUUUGCAGCGGAUAGGUCUCACGACGCUGCUUGUCGCGCAUCCCUGGACGAAGGUGGUGAACUCGGUCGUUGUGCUGAGGGUCAACUAAACUUCCCACAUGUCCAAGAUCGGAGCAGAGGUUUCCUAUCUAAGGUUCAACUCAUGCAGGAACCAAGAUGCCGAACAAAAGCCCAACGGCAGAGGUAUUAUAUAGCUGUUUAUACAUUACUCUCAUCCCCGGAAUGGAGGCAACAACAUGCAAUUCUUAGCGUUAGCAUAACUAUAAGUAUCACAG